AUGAAGCAUACAAUACUAAGCGCAGUCAUACUCCUCCCCCUCGCCUACAGCAGAACCGCCAAAGAGCUAUGUCGCGGUACCGCUGAACUAUCCUCUGAUGGCAACUGGUACUGUUCUGAGGUCUGGGCCAUCACCUACCGCAACAUCAGCCAGCCUGGUGCCUACAAUCGGACCACUACAGUCGAUCCAAAGACUGGUAUCUGUGGUCAUGAACGUGUCGACUAUCCUAGCGCAGGACCACUGACACCAUUGUUCGGACAAGUGUCCAUGCACCUUCGCGGGCCGAUGAACGUCUCUCAGCUCGCCGUAUACCAACUACCUGGUGACGCGCGCGCUAUGGGGAAGCGAACUACAGUACCUUUCUACAACCGUCGGCGAUCGUUGGAGCAGCCAGAGACACCAGUGGCAACUACUAUGCUGACACAGUCGACGUCUUCUGGCCGGCCCAACCUUUUCAACAGGGAUGCAUGCACCACAUCGUCCAGCUGCGUCUCGACAACAGUGACAAAGACGGUGACCGUAAAGGCGCCCUGUUCCCCGACUGGUACUGCACAGUCUGGACCAAACACAACCUACAUAGGUCCUCCACUGCCGUGCUUGCCCACGUCUGGUGCUCAAUCGAUCUCUGGCUCUACACUUCCAGAUCCGAACUGUACUUGCGUUGAAAACGAAGAGCCCGAACCCAUCUUUCAGCGACCCAAUGGGCAGGUUUACGUCAGUCCGACGCCAACGCUAAAACAUGCACCGGAAACAUCAUCGACACAGGACACGCUACCAGUGUCACAGCAUCCAGAUGGACAGCCCUUCGAGGUCCCUUCACCCUCAUCAUCAUCACCGCAAGACACAUUACCAGUGUCCCAGCGUCCAGACGGACAGCUCUUCGAUUCCCCUUCGCCCUCACCGUCAUCAACACAAGACAUAUUACCGGUGUCGCAGCUGCCAGACGGACAACCUAUUCAAUUCCCCUCGCCCUCGCCAUCAUCAAUGCAAGGCAUAUUGACGGUGUCUCAGCGCCCAGAUGGACAGCCUAUCGUACCCUCGCCUUCACCAUCAUCACCACAAGAGACGCUACCAGUAUCGCAGCGACCGGACGGACAGCCUUUUGAUAUGCCUUCGCCCUCGCCGUCACCUCCACAAGACCCAUUACCAGUAUCACAGCGUCCAGAUGGACAACCUUUUGACAUCCCUUCGCCCUCGCCAUCGCCCGUCUCGAAGAGGCAGGGUUCAGAUUGGAAGCGGAUAGCAUACUACACGUCUACAUCACCGGCUCAAGCCACCGGGCUCAGCUUCAUGGCCAACCUGGGUGAUCCCCAAAAGUCUGGUACUUUUGACUAG